AUGGCACAAGCUGCUGCCCUCCCACCACCAAUUCACAAUAUAAGCAGACCCCAUUCACCACGGAAUUUUGUAAAAGAAAACAUAGAAGAAGUCAGAGAACUGAGCGAGCUAAAUAGGGAAAAACAUGAGGCAGAAGCAGAAAAAAAAAGGGUAGAGGAAGAAGUAGCUCUCUUGAAAGAAAUGGGUUUGUUGGAUAAGAAUGCAAAAAGUGAUGUAAUCAAAAGUGUGGUUGGUUCGAGAACAACAUCCAGGAGUAACUCACCAACCAAAACCAAAUUUAGAUCUAGAUCGAAUUCGCCUGCCGCAAUAUUACAUUACGAAAACAUACCAGCUGGCAGUAAAGAGUUCAUAAAUGUUAACGAUGAAGUUUCCAAACCAGUCACACAUAGAUCUCGAUUAAGGUCUGUAUCAAGAUCGCAACCCCAGUCAAAUGAAGGGUCUCCAAAACAUUCUAAAAUACCUAAACGCCAAAGUUCAGUCUCACCAGCUAGAAUAGGUAAUAGAAGGGAGAAUUCAAUCUCUAGAAGGCCGGUCGAAAACGGUUUGAAGAAUCAAAGAUUUAUUUCAAAUAGUACAAGUAGUAUACAUGAAACUAUCAAAGUUGGCAGUCAAGUACACGAUAAAAGAAACAUGAGUAAGAGUGCACAAUUUUUAAAUAUUUCUCCAGCUCAUAUUAAAGGAAAACCUCCAAUCUCCCCAGGAAAAGGUGGUCCACCUCCAACAAAUAAGACCAUAAAUUCCAAAAGACUAUCGCCUAUUGUGGGUACUCCAAAUAAAAGUCCAAUCGAAGAUUUGAAACCCAGCUCGGCCAAAAGACCAACAACAAAUCCAUCACCUGCUGCUAGAAAGCCCGUUAAAACUGCUGGUAAUACGCCUGCUACUUCUAGAUUGAAUUCUAGACAGCCUAGCAGAACUGUUAGUAGAGAUACUAGCCCUGAGAAACGUAAAUCUACUGCCAAGCCCUCUGUUUCUUCUAAAACUACAAAACCUACAUCGAGUAAACCUGUUACUAGAACUCCUAGCACAAAAGUUAUGCAAAAACCGCCUACACCUAAUAAUAAAAUUGAGCCAAAACCACCGAUUAAUCGCACAAACAGUAUGAAAAGUUUAGUAAGAACACCAAGUACCAAAAAUUUGUACAACAAGCCCCCGCUAGUGAAGAAAAGCAGUAAAAAAGAUUUAACUGAAAAAGCGAAAUCUACUAGCAAAAUAGAUGAAAUAGGAACGAAAAAAGAUAUCUCAAAAGAAGAAAGAAAAUCUCAAAAAUCAGCAAAAGAUAAAACUAAAGAUCAAAAAGAAGAAAUUAAGAAAACUGAUUCAAAAACAAGUGUAGACUCGGGAACGGAUACAGAAGAAGUAAUUAAACAGGAUAAUGAAACUCAAUACGAUAAAGUCACUAAUGAAAAAGGUGAAUUAGUAAUACUUACAAAAAAGAAUAUUGUUUCGAUGACAACAGCUGCUAUAACCUCUCAGCCUCUGGAAGUAGUAACAAAAGUUACGAAUCAACUACCAGCUGCCUUAGAAAAAGCUAGAGAAAAGGGUAUAUUUGAAAGACUGAGUUCUAAAGAGUCUUUGAUGCCUAAGGAUGAUGAGAAGGAUAAUGUAUCUACAACAGAAUCUGAAAUGACUGAAGCUAUAAAAAAUAUAGAAGUAAAAGUUGACAUAGAAGAAACAAAAAAACUAGAAGAGGAAGAGAAAAAACCAACAAAAGUAGAAGAGAAGAAACCAGUUUCCAAGCCAAAAGAAAAUAGUUCAAUUAUUAUGGAAGAAAAUAUAAAGCUCAAACCUCUACAACCACCAUACAAUAAUCCCCAAGUUGAAAGAGUAAAACAGAAAAUAGAUGAGGUAUUAAAAUCACCAGAAGUGUCUACCGAAAACAUAUUAGCCCCUCCAAUUAAACUAACAAAGGAAACAAAAAACACAUUCAAAAGUAUAGCCCAUAAAACGAAAACUGAUGUAAAAGAAUCCAAAGACCAAGUGGCUAAGAAGUUAACUGAUAUAAAAGAUCAGGUUGUCAAGCAGAAUGAUAAAUUAACAGCAGAAAUGCGUUCGGAAGCAACUAAGAUCAUCGAUAGUAUUUUAACACCAGUUGAAGAGCCAAAGAAAAUUGAAGAAAAGAUAAAAGAAGAAGGGAAGAAAGAGGUAGAACCAAUUCUCAUGGUAGUGAAAGAAAAGAACAAUGGGCCUGCUGUGAUCACGGAAAAGAUGACAGAGACUUUAGUGAAAGGUGAGCCAGAUGUGGAAGUACAAAGCUCCAACGUGUCAACGCCGGGAAAUACUGUAAUAUCUCCACCAAAAAAAAUGACCGAAGGAAAUGAUUCGGACAAAUCUACGCACAGCAACGGCGGGUAA